AUGCCUCGCUAUUGUACCAUUGAGUAUCUUUCUCCCACAAAAUCUGAUUCCAGAAUCCUUAUAAAAGUUCUACGAGCUUGGGAACAAUUCAAUUACCGUAAUCAACGCCAGGAAUUGCAUCUUAUCCUCGGUGAUGAAAAUGGCUACAAAAUAGAGGCAUCGAUAGAUCAGGAUCUUAUUUCUUCCCUCGGUCCAAAGUUUAAAGAAGGAGAAUGGAAUAAUGUCAUAUUCUUCAACGUUGUCAAUGCGUUUGGAUCUUUCAGAAAUACUAUAACCUACCACUUCAUCAACAUGAACGCCGAUAGUGUUGUAGACAAGACUUUUCAAGUCAAUCCUAAGCAUAUGAUGGAUUUUAUGUCAUUUGAUGCCAUUAUCCGAGGGAAUUUCCCUACUGAGUACUCUAUCGCUUAG